AUGGACAAGCAAGAGACUAAGAAGUGUGUCAUUGCAGAAAUAGUUCAGCACACAUGCUCACUCAAGAAUGAGCGCAAUGGAACUCCUACGUUCCACUGUUUUCCACUGCCCCGUAUCCUGAAACUGUACGAGCUCCAUCAUCUGUUGGCUUUCCGGUCUUCUCAAUUCCUCUCCAGCUGUCCUGGCCAGCCUGCCGUCGAGCUGACCAAGUUCAUCAACAUCGACAUGAAGAGCGGAGAAAUUGAUAUUCCCCCAAACUUGAGCGCUAGUUCUGCAAAGGCCCGCGCAUGGAAAGACGUUAUCCGGUCGAACCCGGGACGUGGUUAUCUCCCUGAAGAUUUCUGGGCAAAUGAUUAG